AUGACUUUGUUCGAAAAAUCGCAAUCAAUUUUACUGAAUAUAUCGCUUUUCAGUGCAUUAAAAGCGAACUGCGCUGAAGAAACUUUCCUUGGGCCACUUAGAUUAAAAUCGCUUAAAUUGAAUUAUUGCCUCAGUGGAACUAUUGCUGAGUUCGAUUUUCUUAGCAGAAAUAAUAAUAAUAUUAGCAGUGUUUUCAAAAAAGGAACUCCAGUAUUUGUUUGUCAUGAAGAGGGUGCAGAAAUUAUCAGCGAAUGUUAUUUUAUAUCACUAAUAAACGGAAAUAUUUCAGUGUUGAUUACUGAUGAUAAAUUUAGAUACUUAAACUUACACUCAAAUUAUAUAAUUAUACCUGGUCUGUUGCAUGAUGCUCUUGAGAAUUUGGAAAGCCUUAUAAAGAAGCGUGAAUGGGAAGGAAUGCCUGGCGAAAGAAUACUUCAUUUCAUGCAUCGUUCUCUCGAAAUGCCAUUUCCACAUUUAUAUUCAAAACCUUUGAAAUCUGUUAUUAAUGAAAAUUUAAACAAAGAGCAGAAAAAUGCUGUUGGGGCUGCAUUGGAUGAUAAAUUUCCAUUGGUUGCGAUUUGUGGACCACCCGGGACUGGAAAAACACACGUUGUGGAAGAAAUAAUCCAACAAGCCAUCAAGUUAGGAAAGAGGAUUCUGGUUUGUGCAGCUUCAAAUCUUGCGGUGGAGAAUAUAUAUAAUCGUUUAAAAGAUAAAUCUGUUGUGUACCUUCAUUCUCUUAAUGCAAGCCUGUCCGAAAAUUCAUUAUCUGAGAAUCUCUAUUUGUAUAAAAAAUCGGAACAUAUGAACACAAUAUCGAAGAAGCAAGUCAUUUUUUGUACUCUUACAUCUAAACUUAUUCAUUCUUUUUCUACUAGUGGUUUCAAACCGGAUUUAACGAUAAUUGAUGAAGUUGCACAAGCAAUGGAAUGCGUAACAUAUCCUGCGCUUUUGCAAGCCCCACGCGUCGUUUUAGUUGGUGAUCAGAAUCAGUUAUGUGCUAUAUUGCGCAGCCCAGAAGCAGAAAAAGGUGGACUUGGCCAAUCAAUAUUGGAGUUUCUAAUGAAAGAAUUCGGUAAAUCGUUUGUCCUUUCAUUGAAUAUUCAAUAUCGAAUGAAUGAAAAAAUUAUGAGGUGGUGGUCAUCAGCUCAAUUUUAUGGUUCAAAUUUGGUUGCACAUGCGACAGUUGCUAAACAAACUUUGAGGUAA